UGUAACAGGAGAGACGCCGCUGAACGCGUACAGUAGACGCGUCGCGCAGUGGAGGAGACACACACCUGAGGAAUAGCGGCGCGAUGGCUGAUCAUCUGAUACAGAUCAAUGACUCCACCAUAGUCAAUCGAUUCGCGCGGAAAGGAGCUCUGCGACAGAAGAACGUGCACGAAGUUAAAAACCACAAAUUUAUCGCUCGAUUCUUCAAGCAGCCCACAUUCUGCAGCCACUGCACCGACUUUAUCUGGGGAUUUGGAAAACAAGGCUUCCAGUGCCAAGUGUGCUGUUUUGUGGUCCACAAAAGGUGCCAUGAGUUUGUUUCAUUCUCCUGUCCAGGGGCUGACAAGGGCCCUGACACAGAUGAUCCCAGAAGCAAGCACAAGUUUAAGAUUCACAGCUACGGCAGUCCCACCUUCUGCGACCAUUGCGGAUCGCUGCUGUACGGUCUCAUCCACCAGGGGAUGAAAUGUGACACCUGUGACAUGAACGUUCAUAAGCAGUGUGUGAUGAACGUGCCAAGUCUUUGCGGGACCGACCACACCGAGCGCAGAGGAAGAAUCUUCCUCAAGAUCGAGGUCAGCGGAGACAGACUCCACGUCACAGUUGGUGAGGCCAGAAAUCUGAUUCCCAUGGACCCCAAUGGGCUCUCAGACCCAUAUGUGAAGCUCAAACUCAUCCCAGACCCCAAGAAUGAGACCAAACAGAAGACCCGGACCAUCCGCUCCUCGCUCAACCCCACCUGGAAUGAGUCCUUCAUGUUUAAGUUAAAGGCGUCGGAUAAAGAGCGGCGUCUGUCCGUGGAGGUGUGGGAUUGGGACAGGACCACCCGUAAUGACUUUAUGGGCUCCAUGUCCUUUGGUGUGUCUGAACUUAUCAAAGCUCCUGUAUGCGGCUGGUAUAAGAUGUUAAACCAGGAGGAGGGUGAGUACUACAACGUGCCCAUCCCAGAGGAGAACGACAUUAACCUGGAGCUGCGGCACAAGUUUGAGGCCUGUCAGUUCAAUAUCCACCUGCUGAAGAAAGCCAAGUUUGGUCCUGGGAAGAAAGUCAUCACUCCCACUGAUCACCGACGCUUCAGUUUUCCAUCCGGAAACAUGGACAGAGUUCGACUCAAUGACUUUCAUUUCCUGGCUCUUCUUGGCAAAGGCAGUUUUGGGAAGGUGAUGUUAGCCGAGAUGAAGUCCACUGAGGAGCUGUAUGCCAUUAAAAUCCUGAAGAAGGAUGUGGUGAUCCAGGAUGAUGAUGUUGAGUGCACAAUGGUGGAGAAGAGAGUGCUGGCCCAGAGAGAAAAGCCACCUUUCCUCACCCAGCUGCACUCCUGCUUCCAGACUGUGGAUCGUCUGUACUUUGUAAUGGAGUACAUUAACGGUGGAGAUCUGAUGUAUCACAUCCAGCAAGUGGGCAAGUUUAAGGAGCCACAAGCCGUAUUCUAUGCAGCAGAGAUUGCUGUCGGACUGUUCUUUCUUCAUAGGAAGGGAAUUAUUUACAGAGAUCUGAAGUUGGAUAAUGUGAUGUUGGACUCCGAGGGCCAUAUCAAGAUUGCAGACUUCGGCAUGUGUAAGGAAAACAUGUUUGAGGGCAUGACGACACGCACCUUCUGUGGAACGCCGGAUUACAUCGCCCCGGAGAUAAUCGCCUAUCAGCCGUACGGGAAAUCAGUGGACUGGUGGGCGUACGGCGUGCUCCUCUACGAGAUGCUGGCUGGGCAGCCUCCAUUUGAUGGCGAGGACGAGGACGAGCUGUUUCAGUCCAUAAUGGAGCACAAUGUGUCCUACCCUAAAUCCCUGUCGAAAGAGGCCGUGUCCAUCUGUAAAGGGCUGAUGACGAAGCAUCCAUCUAAGCGUCUUGGUUGCGGUCCGGAGGGUGAGAGGGAUAUAAAGGAGCAAGCUUUCUUCCGCAGAAUUGACUGGGAACGGCUGGCCAACAGAGAGAUCCAGCCUCCUUUCAAACCCAAAGUGUGCGGCAAAGCAGCAGAGAACUUCGACAAAUUCUUCACCCGCACACAGCCCAUGCUGACCCCUCCAGACCAACUGGUCAUCGCCAACAUCGACCAGAGCGAAUUUGCUGGAUUCUCUUUCAUAAACCCAGAGUUCAUUCACCCAUCGUCGCUUCACAGCGUGGUAUGAGACGGCCCGAUGAAGAAGAGGCUCAAACUAACAACCACAUCCAUGUUAUUUAUGAACUCACCAAAUCUUUGUAGACAGUUGAAUACCCUUUAUCUGAACAUAUCUGAACUGAGGGGGGGCUGGAGAAGCGGUUUUGAUGGCUGAAUGGAGAUGUAUCAUAAAAGCAUGUGUCCACAUUCAGACUUUGAGGGCAAUAUCUAAUGGAGAUGAUGUACGAUCUGUUCCAAAGCCUGGUGAGCAUUUAUAGGCACCAGACACUCUUAAAAGUAAUUGUCCUCUAUUGGCAUUGAUGGUUCUAUGAAGAAUCUUUAACAUCCAUGGAACCAUUUCCAUUACAUAAAAGGCUCUUUAGAUUUUUAAAAGAAAAAAGUUCUUAUAAGAACCCAAAAAUCUUCUGUGGCCUCACUUAAAAAAGUUCUAUGGAACUUUUAUUUUUAAGAGUGCAGACUUGUUCCCAACAAAUUGUUAUUUUAUGAGGUUCCAUCUCAGCUAGGAUGCUGCUUGUGUAGGCAGUAGACAGAACGAUAAUGCUUGUCUAGGCUUUUAAACAGAACGAUAAUGUUUGUCCUCAUACUGUAGUAAUGACAGUUUAUCUAAUACUUGUAUGCAGCUAGAAGUCAUGUGCAGGCCUGGUAUAUUUUACAAAACCUACAGAUAUUUUUGAUGGUGGAGAUGGUGAACGAUCCCCUUUUCCAGUCCUCAGAUUAUUGUGUGUGAAGCAUGCUGACAUGAAACAGGUUUUUGUGUCCUAUUCCUUAAUGUCCUCUACUGCCAUUUCUAAUGUUCUUGAAUUAUAUAUUUGUAAAUCUAAAUCUUGUUAUAGGAGUGCCAAAAUAUAACUGCAUCAAAAGGUUUUUAUAUCCAGCUCUAUAUAUGCAUAUUGAUUUCCUACUAGAUGGUGGUGUCCCUUAUCUUGGGCUGAAACUUGAACCCUUAUCUCUCCUCGAGUUUUAGCAUGACAACUUCCAAUCCCGUCACUGCCUGCUCGUCUGGUUCCUGCAUAGUCAACAUAUACAGAACUUUUUCUCUCGCUCUAAAUGAGCGAUUCCUCAUUGGUAAUACGCAGGACUCUGCAGAUUCACAGAGAAUUGGAACAUCUGUCCUGCACGUCCCUCACCACUUGCAUGUUCAUUUUUAUUAAAUGCUUCAUUUAGCACAUUUAACGAUGUUUACUGUAAGCCCAUACCGCAGUUUUUCCCUCACAGUCACAGCAAACAAGUCUGCAGAUUCUUCCUGGGCCUGAUAAUGGGUAACCAAUGCAACAUAUCGAGUCAUGUGUAAUGUUAGAAAUGUAAAUGGUAUUUGGUUUAAAUCUUGCAUAUUAUGUUAAAGAAACCUAGCACUGCUACAACAUAAAGAACAUGUAACAAGACCAAAUAAAUGCUUAUUGUAGGGCGCUGGGUCUCCAAAACCUGUCAAAACCAAAUUCAGGACAUAUUUCACCCAAGAAAUUCUUUGCCAGUUUUUAGAACCAUUAAGAUUUUUUUGCAUUGUGACAUUUUCAGCACUCACUGUUAAAGGGGCUAUAUGUAAGAAUUUUCAUGUACUAAUCACUGAUUUUUAUGUGAAGUACUCGGGAAAAUCCAAAGGAUAUGAUGUUUACACUCUCAAGAGCCUCACUUCCUUUCACUGACACAUGAAAUGAAUGCUUAUACAAUGUUCAGGAUAAAGCCGAAAGAGCAAUCCUGCAAAGAAAAGGGAUUAAUUCAAACUAUAGCCAGAUCUAUAUAGUCUUAUAGUCUCGGAUAUACUUUAAUCAAACUAUCAUUAGAGUAAUUUUAAUGACCUCAUCUGUCGACAUGAUGUCGGUGAACUGCAGAGCUGGUGCAAACAUAUACACAUCAUCGCUAUGAUCAGAUGCUUUCUGAACUGCUGCCUUCUCAUGCUGACAUUGUUGUGUGUUUAUUUUGUUAUUGAGAGGAAAGCGUGCAGCACAUAUUUACAUAUUCAUCUAAACGUCGCUCUCAGCAGCGUGGAUGGCGUCUGGAUUUUUCUUAACAGUAUAUCACUGCAAAGGUAUUUCUAACUUCUUUUUACUUCUUAGCAAAGAACAAAAAGAACUUUGCCAUGAGUAUAUCGGGGCCUUGAAUCAAGGUCAGUCUCUUGUAUGUUACGUGUGCACAAGUGCGAGUAAGUUGCUGGAUGUAGUUCACUUAACGGCCACCGGUGUCACUAAUAACAAGAGUUUCUGAAUUCUACAUGUAGCCCCUUUAAGCUUAUUUCCCCUAAAUGCAAAUUCUCCUUACUGUAAUGUGGCAAAAUGCAAAAUAAAGAUUUUUACUGUAAAGUUUACUGUACAUUGUUAGGUUCAAAUCAUGGUAAUUUUUGUUGUUUGUGCUGCUUUUCACUGUAAUACUUCAUGACAAUAAUGAGAAUCUGAUGAAAAUCAUCACUGAGAAUAACUACAGAAAAAGGUUUAAAAUUAAUGUUAAUGUUGAUUUGAGGAGAAAAUGUGCAUAACUGUCCUAACAUUUAUGCCACGAUGCAAAAAUUCCUAAUGGUCUUUAAAUACAGUAUUUCUUUCCAUUUAAAUCAUUAUAAUCUGUGACCCCAUAAUGCCCAACACGAUUUUGUGACAUGUUUGAGGGGGAUGGGAGGUCAGUUAUGUAUAACCUCUAAUAUAACCCUUUUUCUGGUAGUGUUUAUGUCCUUUGGUGAUGAAUACUCGUUGUGUUAAACUACAUGUUCUGAAGUUGUUAUCAAAGAGAGCUUUCCAGUAUACUGUAUAUCCAAUAUUUUCUAUCUUUUUAGGUCUUAGUUUAUGAUCAUCAUGCAUUUUUGCUCUGUGAGUACUUUUACGUAGAGCGCUAUGUUUACUGUUACACUAAAGAUACACUAUAUACCAAGAUUUUUGUAAAUACAGAGAAGGCAUACAUUAUCCUGCAGAUUUUAUACUAAGAACUGAAUGUGCUUUUACUAACUUAGAUGGUUUCUAUGUUUAGAUGAUCCAAAAAAGACUAGUUUGGCUAAUACUGAGAUAUAUGUAACCUUUGUUAUAUGUAAUUCUGCUAUGUUUUCUAUGCUGAUAGUAUAAGUGAAGGAGCUGUAUGUAGACUGACUGGGCUAUGUGGAUGUACUCAGUGCUCCUACAUACAGUGUGUGUGUUUGUACUGCAGCUGCUGUGUGCAUGUGGGGUGUCGGCAAAUCAGCGCAUGCAAAACGUGUUGCAUGAUUCCAGGAAUCCGGAGUCCUUUAGCAUGGAAUGAUUGUCACACCGAGUACGAUUCCUGUCCCACCUUAACUAUCUUCCAUUGUGUUGUUGCUUUUUAGUUUCUGUUUAGUUUCAGUCAGCGGAUGAAGAACUAGACUUCCAACCACUGCUGAGCAAAUUCUGUCUGACUUACCUAUACGACAACAGGGAAAGUAUGGACAUUCAAUUUUAGCACACUCCAGACAUCAUUUAAUGGAUUCUCCUUGUAAUCAGUACCUCAGAAAUGCUGUAUUUACACAUUAGAUGGCUCGGUUUGGGCUCUAGUCUUGUGCCAAGCCCUCGGUGUAACACUGUUGAAUUUCUCCACUGAUUCCUCUCUGAUAUUUUUGAAUUUUAUUAGACCUUAUGUUUGAUGUGCAAGCCCCUGUGUAUGGAAGAAGAAAAAAAACAGGAUUAAGUAGAUAUUCCAUGUGUUUAUUUCUUCAUCCCAUGAAGUAAAUGGAUUCAUGUCGGUACGAGUGGAAAUAGAGCCGGUCCUCUUAUGAAGCGAUGCAGAAAGUAUUAAAGCGGUUGUCUUGCAGGAUGCAGGUUAACACAAGUGUCUCACAUUGAGAGUAUUUGAGAAUGUAAAGUUCACGUGUUUUGGUUGUGGUUUCUGCAUGUGAGGUGGCAUUCCAGCAUUCACUUGACAUAUUAAGUAUCUUAUAUGAACAUUCCACCCAGCCGUUUCUUAAUAUAGAUUCUAUCAGGAAUUAUAAAUAUUAUUAUUAUUAAAUUAUGAAUUCCAGGACAGUGUUUUAGUUUGAAAAAGACCUUUCAUUCUUCUUUGUUUUUCUUUGUCCCUCUGUUCUUUGUGAAGGAUAAUGUGUAUAAAUAAAUGUAUGACAAAAUGGA